UCUGCUUUCCCUUGCUAUCUUCGACACAUUUUCACUCAUGGCCCUUAAGCUCUACUCUUUUCUCUUGCUGCUAAUGCUCUCGGUCUCUCAUGGCAGAGAGAGCCAGUUCUUCAGCAAAGUUCCCAGCAGCACUGCCAACAACAACAGUGUUCAGGAGGCAACACUUGCCAACACACAAAAGCAAAACUUGAACAAACAACAACAAGAGCCCAGCUUUGUCCCGGAGACUGGAAACGGCUACGGAUUAUACGGCCAUGAAACCGGUCAGUUUCCUCCGACAACCUCCGCUGCAGAAAAAUAUGAACCCUACAGCACACCCACGACUCCCACCACCAACUCCGGCAAUAAUGAAAGGGGAAGUUAUGGGCCCUACACUACUCCCACUACCACGGGGAGUUAUGAAGCCUACACCACACCGAUCACCUCCGCGGCGGAAUAUUCUUCAUCGAACCAAGAAAGCUACAACAACAACAACUUCCGCGGAAACAGCAAAAGCAACAAUUAUUACAACAACAAGAAUGCUUUUUGGACCCCGCAAGACAACACAGGCGGCUCGACGUACCAGGAAAAUGGCUACACCAGCUUGGCGAACCAGAAGAGCAGUUACAACUACAACAAUUACGAGAAGCAAGGCAUGAGUGACACGAGGUUUUUGAACGGUGGGAAGUUCUAUUACGAUACUCAGAAUGAGAAGAAUAAUUACAAUCCGAAUCAGUACCAGGGUUCAAAGAACGAGUUCAACAGUGAGGGUUACAACAGCCACACCAGCUUGGCGAACCAGAAGAGCAGUUACAACUACAACAAUUACGAGAAGCAAGGCAUGAGUGACACGAGGUUUUUGAACGGUGGGAAGUUCUAUUACGAUACUCAGAAUGAGAAGAAUAAUUACAAUCCGAAUCAGUACCAGGGUUCAAAGAACGAGUUCAACAGUGAGGGUUACAACAGCCACACCAGCUUGGCGAACCAGAAGAGCAGUUACAACUACAACAAUUACGAGAAGCAAGGCAUGAGUGACACGAGGUUUUUGAACGGUGGGAAGUUCUAUUACGAUACUCAGAAUGAGAAGAAUAAUUACAAUCCGAAUCAGUACCAGGGUUCAAAGAACGAGUUCAACAGUGAAGGUUACAACAGCUACAGCAAUGAGAAGACUUACGAGUACAAUAACUCCAUGAAAGACAACCAGAACCAGUAUGAGUUUGAUGAGCUUCAAGAUUAAUAAAGCAUGGUCAAUUCCAGUUAUGGCGUCUAAUUAGCUUCUAAGUUAAAGUUUUAGUUUGGAUACUUGAAAGUGUCAAAAAGAUUAAAGAAUGUUUUAAUUAUUACGGGUCUGCAUAGUGGUGGUCAUCAUCAUCAUCAUCUGAAAAGCCAAGGUUGAGAGAACAUGUAUGUUUUGAUUAAUCUUCUUGAUGAAUCUAAUAAAAUGUAUAUUGUAUACA